GAAGGACUACUUCCGUGGGUCAGAGGCAAUAGUUUGAAAACAUGGAUGAAGAAAAACUACCGAGUGAUGGAGAGAUCGGAUCUGUCAUGGGAUUCUCUGGGUUUGGUAAGAAGGCGCGGACAUUUGAUCUUGAAGCCAUUUUUGAGCAAACCCGGAGAACAGCUAUUGAGAGGAGUCAGCGUGUCCUGGAGGAUCGACAGAAAGGGGCUCAGGUAGAGGAGGAAGGGGAAAGCUCCAAGUCAGUUAAACCAUCAGUUCCUGGUCAUAGAGACAAAGCUGCAGCUCGGAACCAGCACAGCGGCACCAGCAGUAGUGACAGCAGUGAUUCAGACUCAGAGCUCGUUGGGCCACCAGUGCCUCCCCAACGUGGAGCCCAGGAAGAGGAGCUUGUAGGACCACCCCUUCCACCAGGUUAUCGGGACAACACAGCAAAUAGUGACGACGAUGAUGACGACAGCGAAGCAGACUCAAAAGAUGAUGACGAUGAUGAUGAUAACCCAGUGAAGAAGAUUCCAGACACUCAUGAGAUCAUUCUUCAACACGGCACCAAAACAGUAUCAGCUCUUGGUUUAGACCCCUCUGGAGCCCGCCUGGUGACAGGCGGAUAUGAUUACGAUGUUCGUUUCUGGGAUUUUGCUGGAAUGGAUCAGGCUCUGCAGGCUUUCCGAACCCUGCAGCCCUGUGAGUGCCACCAGAUCAAAUCCUUGCAGUACAGCAUCACAGGCGAUGUUCUCCUGGUGGUCUCUGGAAAUGCACAGGCCAAAGUAUUGGACCGUGACGGCUUCAAUGUCAUGGAGUGUAUCAAAGGAGACCAGUACAUUGUGGACAUGGCCAACACCAAGGGACACACAGCUAUGCUGAACUGUGGCUGCUGGCAUCCUAAGAUUAAAGAGGAGUUCAUGACCUGCUCAAAUGAUGGCACUGUGCGCACUUGGGACGUGAACUCAGAGAAGAACCACAAGUCGGUGUUCAAACCUCGCUCCCAGCAGGGGAAGAAGGUUGUCCCCACCUGUUGCACCUAUAGCCGCGACGGGAAGCUCAUCGCAGCAGGUUGCCAAGACGGCACCAUCCAGAUCUGGGACAGAAAUAUGAGCGUUCAUACAAAGUUUCACUGCCGGCAAGCCCACACUCCUGGAUCAGACACCUCGUGCCUCUCCUUUUCAUAUGACGGCAUCACUCUUGCUUCCCGUGGAGGGGACGACACGCUGAAAAUCUGGGACAUACGCAACUUCAGGAAACCUGUAAACGAAGCUAACAGGCUGACCAACUACUUCUCCAUGACCGACUGCUGUUUCAGUCCUGAUGACAGGCUUGUUGUGACAGGGACCUCCGUGAAGAAGGAGGAGGGAAAUGGGAAGCUGGUUUUCUUCGACAGAGCUUCUUUUCAGAAGGUCUAUGAGAUAGAGGUCACCAACGCUAGUGUUGUUCGCUGCCUGUGGCAUCCCAAACUGAACCAGAUUAUGGUGGGUACUGGGAACGGACUGGCCAAGGUGUACUACGAUCCAGUUAAAAGUCACAGAGGGGCCAAGCUGUGUGUGGUAAAGAGCAAGCGGAAAGAGAAACACGCGGAGACGCUAACACAAGAUUACAUCAUCACGCCUCAUGCUCUGCCCAUGUUCCGAGAGGCCCGACAGCGGAGUACACGGAAACAGCUGGAGAAGGACAGACUGGACCCGAAGAAAUCGCACAAACCCGAGCCGCCUGUAUCUGGACCAGGUCGAGGAGGCAGAGUAGCAGCACAUGGGGGCACGCUGUCUUCGUUCAUCGUGAAGAACAUCGCUUUGGAUAAAACGGACGACAGUAACCCGCGAGAGGCCAUCCUGCGUCACGCCAAGGAGGCAUCGGAGAACCCAUACUGGAUCGCCCCGGCUUACAAACAGACCCAGCCGGAGCCCGUGUUCGCAGAAGAGUCAGAGGAGGAUGAGGAGGCUGACAAAGAACCGGAGUGGAAGAAACGCAAAAUCUGAGUGACCCAUUUUUUUAUUAUUAUUAUUUUUUUUUUACAUGAGAUUAGCUGAUAAAGACCUUGGACAUGUCAGAAACACAAAGAACUGGCCAAAAUACUUAAGAACAUCAAUUAAAUUCCUAAAGCAUAAUGUUUCUGCCCUCCAAUGAAUCUUAAUUCCUCCCUUUUCUUCCCUCCUGCUUCGGUGAAAAAAAGGAAGCGCAUAAAUCUGAUCUCGCCAUCAUACAGUUUUAUGUUCCUCUCACUGCUACACAUGAACCACUUCACUUUUUAUGUCUGUUUUGAUUGUGUGGACGGUAUUUUUGUAAUUUCUUUUGUCCUCACACCCCUCAUCUCCAGAGUUUACCAAUGACUCAUAAAUCAGCUCCAGAUUUUUGUGGUGCAGUGCCGAUCACCACGAAGAAGAGUUUGCGCAGAGCAAAUCGUGGAGACGUAGUGAAAUUCCAGCCAGUUUUAUGUGGGAAUAUUGGUUUUUUUUUCGGCCUUGACAGUUUAAAAGCUGUGCUUUUUUUUUAGUAGUUAACAGCAAAACCUUCAAUUAUUUCUUGUUUUCGCCACACCAUGUAAACCAACUCAAAAUUUCAAUAAAGAAAUUUAUAUCCUCUUGUCAAA